AUGUCGACGUUUUUCACCACCAACCGGCACGGGUACAGCGUGCGGUUUUCACCCUUCAAUCCGGACCAGUUCGUGGUGGCGUCGAGCCAGUUCUACGGUCUCGCCGGUGGUGGCACGCUGUACUUUCUCGAGCUGAUGCCGGACGGGUGCGGAAUUGUCGAGAAACGCACCCAUCACUGGACCGACGGGCUGUUCGAUGUGACGUGGUCCGAAUCGAAUCCUGAAAUCAUCGUGUCCGGUUCGGGCGAUGGCAGCGUGCAGCUGUGGAACACGAACAUGUCCAGCAACAACGGGCCACCGGCGAUGGUGUACCGGGAGCAUAAGAAGGAAAUCUACAGCGUGGACUGGAGCAAGGUACCGUACGAGCAGCUCUUCAUCAGUGCCAGCUGGGACAGCACGGUUAAGAUAUGGGAUCCGAUACGGAACAACUCGCUCAGCACGUACAUUGGCCACACGCAGCUGGUGUACAAUGCGGUGUUUGCCGCGCAUAUCCCUAACACCUUCGCCAGUGUGAGCGGCGAUGGGUUUCUUAAAAUUUGGGACAUCCUGUGUUAUGAUCUACCGAUCGCGAGCAUAAAAGCGCAUGAUGGUGAGGUGUUGACUGUGGACUGGUGCAAGCACGACUCGAACAUACUGGCUACGGGCGCGUCGGACGGGCUGAUACGCAUUUGGGACCUGAGAAACUUCGGCGUUCCGAUCACGGAACUGAAGGGCAACGAGUUUGCCGUAAGAAAAGUACAAUUUUCACCGCACAAUCUGUCCGUGCUCGCCAGCGUGGGGUACGACUUCACGACCAGGAUAUGGGACUUUAAGAAGAGCACGGAAGCCAUCGAAACGAUCAAGCACCAUUCGGAGUUUACGUACGGUUUGGAUUGGAACAGGCGCCGCCGGAACCAGCUGGCCGAUUGUGGCUGGGACUCGCUGGUGCACGUGUUUAAGCCGGAUUGCCUUUCGGACAAGAUUUAGGCGAACCGGUCUUUUAGAUGUAUGUGUGUCUGCGUGUGCGUGUGUGUGUGCGUGUAAAAGUUCCUUCGGACUGUCUGCUAUCGGUGGGAGUUGGGGCAGUGGAAAAGCGGGAGUAAGAGAUUUGUGUGACCCCGGAAAUACUGCAUGCCUGGGUGGUUCGGUGGAGAUACUUACGGUCCGGUCCGUAUGGUAGGUGCUUGCGCAUGAGCCUGGCAGCCAAAAUUGCAUUUCGGCCAGAGGAGGGUGGAGAAAAAUUGUGAUUUAGAUGAUAAGUAGACCAAAAACGCUCGCAGGACACUGUGCGCGUGCUUUCUGGUAGCGAAAGGCGCCACAUUUAAAUUAGCUGUUUGUACAAACCGACGGGCGGGGUGGGAUGGUCGGGAGCACUGUUCGCAUGGAUGGUGUAAAAUUUAUGUUUCGAUGUACAGUUGUAAUCAAAUUCGGUGAUGGUAGUUGACCUAAACGAUUCUCACGAUGUGUAGGGCGGCUGGCGUGUAACAAUCGUGGCAGCAGCAACGGUGGAGGAGGAAGCAUUGAUGGUAGUUUAUAUUAAACUCUAACUGUUUAUACUAUUAUUUAUUUGUCUUCGUUGAAGAGCGCUUAGUUGCUUGAAUGUUUUUACUCUUUUGUUUCUUCUAAACGAAUAUUGGUUUACUGGAUGGUAAAGGGUUUGGUUUCGGUGCGAACUUUGUUUAGACCAAUGGAAAGCCACUUUGGGCCCUAAAAUGUAUCUAAAACGUAUAGAUAAAAUUGUGGAACAAAAUUCAGAAAAUAAAUGCAUAUGUGUCAGAUAAA